GCACUAUCAUUUUGGCACUAUUGAACCUUUGAUUGAACUGUGAUUGAAGAUUUGAAGUAGGUAAUAUUUAUUCUACUCUAUGUUUGAAGUAUUGAAAUGAAAGCGAUUUUUGAUUGAUUUCAAGAAAUUAUUAAUUUAUUAGAAAGGCGUCAAACAACUUCACGUACUCCAUCGCUUAAUAAUAAAUAUUUUUUGAAAAUAUUACUUACUUCAAAAUAAAGUUCUUUUAUAUACUCUUUGAAUAAGCAGUAAACAUGGCUGAUGAUAUUGUAUUUGAAUUAUUACACUCAGAAAUUAUCAAUUAUGCCUUAGAACAAAAUAAAAUUACGAAUGGUAAUAAGGAGGUUGAUUUGUCUGUGGUGGAAUACAUAGGUUUUGCAGCUGGCUAUAAAAUAAUGGAAAGGCUGACUCGAGAAUGGCCGAGGUUCAAAGAUGAGCUGGACACUAUGAAGUUUAUCUGUACAGAUUUCUGGACGUGCAUAUAUAAAAAACAGAUUGACAAUCUGAGAACAAAUCACCAAGGUGUUUAUGUACUACAGGACAACGCCUUUAGGUUCCUUACUAAUUUUUCUAAUGGCCAUCAAUAUUUGGAAUAUGCACCAAGGUAUGUGGCGUACACAUGUGGCCUGAUAAGAGGCGGCUUGGCUAAUCUCUGCAUUAACAGCAUUGUAACUGCUGAGGUGCAAUCAAUGCCUUCUUGUAAAUUUCAUAUACACGUUCAGAGGACUUAGAAAUAUAUAUUUAUAUUCAUUAGAUUGUAAUUUUACUAAUUUGAGGCAAUGUAUCAGUUAUGUAAAUUAAACAACUGCAUUAAAUAUUUAUUCAAUGUUCACAACUUUGCAUUUUAAAUCAAUUGUUAAUUUUUCCAUGUGGUAUGCAAUUUUUUAAUAAAAAAAUUAACAUGUAGGGGUUUUCCAAGAUGCAGGUUUAGCAUUGUCAUAAAUAGUAACGAAUGUCAUUAGAACACCUAUAUAACAUAAAACAAUUGUUGUUCCAUAUAGAAUCCUGUCACACAUGCCACCUUUUAACCAUAUUGGUUUUCCAUUUUCACACUGUAAUUAUAAGAAAUCAAUAUUAGUCAGUCAUAUAAAGUAUUUUUAGUAUAGCUUUCAUUGCUUUUGAAUAUUAAAGUUCUCUAAAGUUGCAAUAAUUAUAAAAUUUUUUUUAAAAUAUAUUGAUGGUAAAUGCAAAUUGUUCUUAACUUAUUAAAAUACUUUACCAGACCAGGUAAAUACCAA